GUCACAGAGAGCAGGGCCAGAGAGCAAAACGAAGAGGGACGGGUAGCCAAACGGGGGAAGGGGGCGGGUGCGUGUCCCGUGCUUGAUCAGCCAUGGUGACGUACGGACAAGAGGACGACAAGUCCAUGGCGUUUGACUUGCUCGGAGACGAGUCGAGCGACUCCCGAGAACAAGACACCUCUUUUGCCCGUGGCCUCUCGCGGAGCUUCAGGAGGGUGACGCCGCCGGUGAAAGAGCGCCUCCUGCGUGUCAUCAACGACGAGCUGUCGAGCCUGGCCGCGGAGGCGGACGGAGUCAGCGAGAAAGUCAAGAAAAUCAUCAAUCGACAACGGCAGCGGCUCGACUCCCUCAUAGAAGAAACCUCCAAGGCACCUCGCAGGCUUCAGUUCAAGAUCACCGCCCCCUUGGACAAGCGCCGUCGGCAGUUUCACGGAAAGAUUCGAAAGGCGGUGACUGGCGACCCUUUGAAGAGCGUGAGGCUGCACCUGGAGGAGAAGAGGAGCAAGCCGUUCGCGAUGCGCAUGCUGGACAAGGCGGCCUUCACCGUUGGGGUGCUCACGAUGAUCGUGAGCGAGUAUGUGCUGCUGAUGAUGCCGGAACGGUUCUGGCUGUGGUACUCGGUGAUGGUCCCGGUGCUGCUGCUCAUGCGGUAUCCGGACUACCGGCAGCGAAAGUGGCUCUUCUUCUACUACGACUUCUGCUACUACUUCUGGUGUAUGGUAGCCAUCUUCGUGAUGCCGCACAGCUGCCGCCUUCUCAAAUCUAUCUUCAUAUUCGUGAUGGGUUCUCUCCUGUGGGCGGUGCCGCUGUGGAGGAACAGCCUGGUUUUCCAUGACGUGGACAAGAUGACAUCGUGCUUCAUCCACCUGUUCCCGAGCUGGCUCGCUCUGACCCUGCGGUGGUAUCCCCUUGAUCCCAUGCGUGGGGGCACCGCCGGCGCGGAGCCGGAGUGCCAGGAUGGUAUCGACAUGAGGGACGUGGGGACGGCCAUGGCCAUGUACCUGGCGUGGCAGGUGCUGUACUUCUUCAAGACCGAGAUCGCGGAUAAGCCCAAGCUUGACGCGGACCCCGAGAUACAGACGAGCUUGCGGUGGCUCACCACGAGCCCCUCCAACCCCAUGCACAAGAUCGUCCUGGCCCUGAUGCGGAAGAUCGGCAUGUUCAAGAAGGACGAGACCUUCGACCCGACGACCUUCAAGACCAAGAUGAUCUUCAUGGGCUCGCAGCUGGUCUUCACGGUGCUGGUCUCCCUGCCGACGCCGUUCCUCUAUAACUCCAAGUGGGCGUCCACUUCGCUGGCGUUCUUCGUUUUCCUCUGCGCGUUGUGGAACAGCUCCAACUACUACAUCGAGGUCUUCUCUAGGAGGUACUGGCAGUCCAUGGAGGCGGAGUCGGCGGCGAAGGCCGAGGCCCUGGUCGUGAAGGCCACCAUGCAGAGGGAACGCGAGCGCCUGCGCAGCGGUGAGGACGGCAUCGCGGCGGGAGGGCAGAUGCUGUCGGCCUCCAGCGGGGGCAGCAGGGAGGACCUCGCCGACGAUGACUACGAAGACGGCGAAGACUGGGAAGAGGAAGCCGAUGCUGCGCCAGCCGCGGAUGAGGAGGAGGAGGAGGCGGCGGAGGUCGAGGCGGUGGCGGAUAUGGACGGGUUGCCGGGGGGUGAGUUGGGGGCGGUUGCCGGCGAGAACCCUGGGCAAGAGAAGUCGAAGGACGUGUAGCGAGAAGGAGGAGGAGGGUAAAGGUAUCAAUCACCACGGGGCCUUGGGGAAGCUUCGGGUGACACUAAACGUUUGUGUUGCGUGUGUAACCCCGAUUAGAACCUGUUUUUUGUUUGUCUUGUGUGAAAACUUUCAAGCCCUUGUCUGGGUUGCGGUUGUUCUGCGGAGUUUAUGGGGGGCUGAAGAUUCGAUGAAAUCGAAGUCGUUUUCGGCUGGAUGAACCGGGUGUUGUGCCGUGUUGUAGAUGCCGUGGGACUACCGAGAAGGUCUUACUACCGUACACAACCCGCGUGUUGAGCGCCACGUGGGAGUCCACCACGACAUUUUUUAUUAUUUUGCAAUCUGUGGCGUCAAGUCUGGUUUCAUGUUGAAUGCGGGUUUCAUAGUGUACAGGGGAAGAGUUUUUGUGUACCAGUAGAAAUCGUCCUCACACCUUGGUACAAGAAGUGAGCGGAUGGCCACAUGUUGGGCCGCGUGACGCGGUCGUUGGAGUUGGCCUGCCCCCUCUGUAAAUAUAUCGCAGGACCCUCAGACGCCGUCAGUGGGUGUUUUCGACGUACACACGCUCGGGAGAUGCCUGCGCUUUGUGUCAAGGAGCUUCGCCCUUGACCUCCUCAAGAGCGGUGCCGGUUUUGUGUUGACAGGGUAUUUUGGUCGAAAAUGCUUGUGGUCGACCAAUACCGUAUCUAUUAAUAAGGUAUUUGCUUGUUUCCAGCUCUUUCUGCUACGGGACGUCUCCUACGUAGCGGUGAUCGCGCCACAAAUAGAAAUGAAGGGCGUGGUUAUUUUUAUCUCAGUAUGUCGGGUACGUAGAACCCAUGCGGCACUGCUGUACUCAUAGAAGCACGGGCUAUCCUGUAGUACCAUCGACUGCCUAUAACGGUCUUUGACCCGUCUGGGCACAACAUGAGGUUGAUUAACGAGCGGCGAAGGUGGUGAGCCGAAUCCACCAGUGUGCAACUCUUUCGAUUUCAUCGACCGAUCCAACUGAUCCACAUCAUGAGCAGCGGCCAUGGGUGGAUCCAGUCUCGUUGGC